UGUAGCACAAGGUAUGUAUAUCCCUGAAGGGUAAAGACGAUUAACAGAACUUGCACAGACAUCGACCAUGCCGCUGAAUGUCUUGUUUCAGGUUUUAGGGAUUUUCCUUUGUAGUACUUGCAUAGUUGAAGGGGGUUCCUAUGCUGAUAACGUAAGAAACCUAUUUGUGAGACAUUUCAACGACAAAGAUAAUAAGUGUUGGAAAGCGACAAAAGCAGAUCAAACAACGAAUGACAAGGACAUGGCAAUAGCGCUGGUCAACGUGUACACGCAAGAAUGUAAAGAUUACAAUAAUAAAACCAAUGCAAGUCCAUUUUACAAGGAACUGAAUGCAAAACUUCGAGCCCAAACAAAAGAACAAAUUUGGCUGGACACGGAACAAUUGCUUAAUCAAGGAUUGGGAAUUAUAGGCAUCAAAACAUGGGAUCUACUGUUCAGAGCUUGUAAAUGUGACAAUAUCAAACAAGGACACUCUUUUCAUGUGUAUAGCUACUGGAGCACAUCGUUACUUCCAUGGGUGGCUAACGACUUCCUAAAUGAUGAGGCUAUAUUCUUUAAGAUGUUGAAGACUCCACGUGGCGCUGACGUAUCGCAAUAUUCGAAAUUUUCAUAUGAAAAAGAAGUUUUAUUACAAUCCAAUCGAGAGUUUUAUGUAACCGAAUAUGUUACAGAUAAGCAGGGCAUAGCAAACAAGACAAAAGAAGUUGAUGGCAAAUUAAAGUGGAGCGAAAUGUUGGCGUUUGCUGUCGUGACAGGUGAUAUUCCAGCAAGAGGUUCCAGGUCGGCUCCCAAGUCAGGCUAUUGUGAUUGCUCGCAUGGCACGACAUCUGGUGCUUCGAUGCCUACAAGCUUCUUAAGUGCCUUGUUUUUCAUUGCAUUUACACUAGUUUGAUGAAUGAAAACAGCGUAUCUUUGUAAAUACAAAAUAUCACAUUUACGCUUUACCAGUUUAGAAAUGACAAAUUUUAAAUGUGUUGAGCGAAUCUGAUAGAAUAAUAACAAAUAUAUAUUAAUGCUAGUGUAUAUCCAUCUUAUUGUCAUAAUACUUUUAAAAACUUCAUGUGUUUUAAUUGAUGAUAUUUUUAAAUACUUUGUAUUGUUUUAUUCAAUUUUCAUUGUUGUUUUUUUCUCUUGGUUCGUACAAUGAUAAUUGCUUUAAAGAACAAGAACUGUCAAAAUCGUUUGCCUAUGAUGUCUGUAUCCUUUCGCUGUGUUCUUGAAAUUCAGAAUAAGUUUUUAUGUUGUGUUUUAUUUUAUUCUUUCUUGUUUUCAAGUUGAUGCUGUUCUUGAUCAGGCUUAUAUUUCCAAUAGUGUUUGAGCGAGUUUGUAUUACUUAUUAAGAAGUUUGACUACUGGCGUGGCCGUAUAGUUUUCAUUGUCUUAUUUUUUUCAAAUUAGACCUAUAUAGAUGUUCUACGAACUUCUCAAGGAAUAAUGCAAGCUAUCUUGGCAAAAAAAACCCCACUGAAUAAUAAUAAUUAUUAUUCAAAUGGAACUUGGUUGCAAUGCAUUAUGCUUUCAAUCGCUUACAUGCGUUGAGUACAUUGUUAUUUGAAUAACACGACAGAACUGUAAUUGACUCAGACAACAAAUAUGUUGCACGUUUAUUUUUAAAUAUAACGCAAAUUACAUGCAGUGAAGAUUGUUUUGUCAUACCUACUUGUAAUUUUAAGCAGAAUACUGUAUUUUUGGUUGCAUGAUAUAUAAAAUUAUUUUCAGUUAUAUAAUGAAAGUUUAUUUCUCUACUAAAUAUAUUAUCCUUUACUCAAAUAUAAGAAUCAUAUGAUUUUAAAUUGUGUACAUUUUGUAUUUAUUGAUCAUUUUGUUGGUAAUGCGUAAUUGCUUGUAAUGAUUGUAAUAAAAGUUUAUACUCGG